GUAUUGUGCUCAAUCGCGUUUACAGCUAGCGGGCCGCUAUUGGUGUCUGAAGAGGAGACUGUGAACGAAGGAGAUUAUGCACGUUUGCGGUGCUAUUCACCCGGAGUUGACGAUUCGGAAUUGCACUGGCGUCGUGAGGAUGGUCGUGAGAUGUCCGAGGGAACUACCGAUGAACACGGUAUUCUGACCAUCGCACAGGCGAGCCCAUCCGAUGCUGGGGUUUACUUGUGCUCAAUGAGAGAUCCGUCAGGAUACGAAGUUGACUCACUGCCGGCACGUAUCACUGUUAACAGCGUUGCCCGUACCUUACAUUGCAUCCCGGAACGGUUAUGUUUGAAAAGGUUGCUGUAUACGUCUAGUUGGCUUUUUAUAGCUGAUGCGCCUAUUGUUGAACCGUCGUCGGUGAGCGUCAUUGUCGAGCAUCCAGUUCGAAUACGUUGCUAUGUUCGCACGAAUCCACGAGCUGAACUGCACUGGCGAAAGCAAGGCUCAGACGAGGAUAUGCAAGGAUACUUAUCGAUCACAAAAUCGCAAUUCUCUGAUUCCGGUGUUUAUGUGUGCGCGGCCAAGAGCUCGCCACACGGUUCUGCUGUCGAGUCACCACCUGUUCAGCUUACAGUUAACCCUAUCGCACGUACGUUUCCCAGGGAACCAGUCGUGAAUCCACCACAACAAACAAUCGACGAGGGUUCCUCGGCCAGAUUCCAGUGUUACGUGCCCGGUGAUCCAAGCGCCCAAAUCAGUUGGCAUCGCCAAGAUGGUGCCCCGUUGGGCGCAGACGUGAGCGAAUCGAACGGAAUGCUAACCAUCACAAAUGCACAAGCCUCAGAUGCUGGUGCUUAUGUGUGUCACGCACAGCAAGCACAUACCACUCAGCCAGCACUCUCAUCACCCGUUUACUUGAAUGUUAAUCCGCAACAAUGUACGUUUCGCGCUUAUCUCAUGCAAUCUUUCAACAUUUCA